ACGAGGUGUAAUAUUGAAAACAAGUUGGAGGACGGCGAAGGCUCCUGGGCCAUCUUUUCCUCUUUCUUUAUCGACUAGUGUCUUUCCUCUUAUUUCAGAGACUAUACUAGUGCUUGCCCUACUUAUCUUUGACUGUAAGAGUCUUACAAAUGGGACGUUAGGCUUCAAAGAGUGGGAGAGAGAAGAGAAAGAGAGACUGGAAAGUGAUGAAAGGAAGGCUGUCACAUGCAGAGGAGGAUUAUGGCGACUAUACAACACGCUGCAUAUGCUCUUUCACCCAUGACGACGGAUACAUGAUCUGCUGUGAUGAAUGCUUGGUCUGGCAACAUGUUGAGUGUAUGGAGGUCGAUCCCAAUAAUCUUCCUGAUAAAUAUCUAUGCGAGCAGUGCGAGCCACGCCCGACGGACAAGAAAAGAGCAAAAAUGAUACAAAUGAAGAAGAGAGAAGAAAUGACAGGGACAGAUUUUGAUGAUGAUGAUUCUGCCAGUGCUUCAACGGACGAGGGACAAAGAUCAGCUGCUUCUUCUCCCACUCCCUCCUCUUCCUCCUCCUCCUCUAAGAGGAAGAAGAAGCAGCCAAAGACGGCCGGUAUGCUCAGAGUACAGGAACUCAAGGCUGAGGCAAGACGUGGGAAAAAGGAAAAGGGACUUGAGAAAGAGGAGGGGAAGAGAGGGAGCAAGAGAUUAAAAUCUAAGCAUCAUCGCAAGAAUACAGGGGGAGUGUCAGUAGGUGUGGCCAGCACCCAAUCUCCUCGGUCUCCGCCCCCCUCAAUGUUAUCCGGUGUUCAAACAUUGCUCACAGCUGCAUCAGCUCUUGAACAACUGUCUCCUGUGGCAACAAGCCCCUCCCCCUCGUUAUGGUCCUCUAAGACGGCCCCAUGGAGCGAUCCUUAUACUAAAAUAACAUCAAACACUUAUAGCGAUUCUUUAAAGAACUUUCUCUCAGCAUGUCUCCAGCAGUUGAAGCAAGAGGCUGUUGUGUAUACCAAAGAAGAGUUCCAGAGGAUGCUACCAAUGUUACCUAUAUGUCACACGAGGGAGGUGUGUCCCUCUAGAGUGGGUGUGGUUGUUGAUACUAACGUUCCCGAAGAUGAAAUGAUUAUCGAAUAUAAGGGUUCCAUUACUACCAGAAGAGCUUUGCUCCAUGAUAUUGGCAUCAACUCUAUCAAAUUACUAUGGAAAAACAAGCCUUGUCCAUUUGUUUAUCAAUAUGAUAGAAUGUCCGACAUUCACAUCUGCAUUGAUGCAAGGCAUAGCGGCAACAUGGCGAGGUUUAUCAGAAGAUCCUGUUGUCCUAAUGCUGAAUUGAGACAUUUCUUUGUCAAUAACGAAGUCCAUUUUGGAGUUUACGCUCUGACUCACCUUUCCCCCGAAGAUGAAGUUACUCUUCCUUUUGACUUCUACGAUAAAUGCGACUACAAUCUAUCGUGUGCUUGCGAUCAUAAGACAGAGUGUGGAUUAUUGAACUCCCCCAGGGGAGGGAGGGGGAUCGGAGGAGGUAAAGGAUCUCAUAAGGUUAAUAAUAAUAAUAAAGAGGAAGACAUGGAAAUUGAAGGAGCUGUGGUGACCAGGAAGUCGUUGAAGGGGCGUGGUCACUCCGCCGUCCAAUUAACUGAUGAGGACAGUAACAGCAGCUGGGCCGGGAAGAGAGGGAGACAGCAUUCACAGCAAACCAGUCGUGAAGUUACUGACAGUGACUCUGAAGAUAAUUUGGAAACCGACACACCAAAGAGAAGAAAAUCGCGGGAGGAGAGGAAGACUGAGGCCGUUUGGAAAAUGUUUGAGAAAAUGGAAGCAACAAGACGAAAGAAGCAACAGCACCUUCCUUCCGAAACGAGUAGCCAUGACAACGAGGAGAUUCCAACACCUUUCAUUGGGACACCAAGAGGAAGAGAAAGGCUUUCCAGCAGUGGGAGGAAAGUCAAUUUGUUGCCUAGCAGUAAUAAUAAACCUCGUCUCUCCAGUAUAUCAAGUGUUGAUCUUCAGUCCCCAGAGCCAAUGGAUGCUUUUCAUUCUCCUCCUCUCACUCCCUCUCUCUCUACCACGUCUCUCCAGGACCUCACUCCAUCUUCUAACCCUGUUUCCUCGCCCCCUUGGGGCUCCCUCUCUAAACUUAGUUUUGAAGUGACGCCAUAUUUACACCCAAAGUAUUUACUGGCUGGUUUUGCACUUCCUAGAAAAAAGGCUAUUCUCCAUCAGUGGGAAAUGGAUCACUUAGACAAUACAAUCACAAACGGCUUCUCUCUCUCUUCUCUUAAAUCACUUGAAGAUACUAACAGGCCGAGACUAAGAGGCUGUCUCAAACACAGAUGGAUGAAACAGUAUCAAGAAAUGGAAGACAGUUAUCAAACAACUCCUUCUUCUUUUAUUCAUCACAAAAAGAAGUUUCUUCACAAGUGGGAGGAGUCAGCGAGUUAUAAUCUCCGCCCGUCCUCUCCACAGGAGCCGGUAGCAACCGUAUCCUCUCUCCCCACUCCGACGGACACUAGCGGGCUACAUGUACAUGUACAUGUAACGGGAGGUUCUCUUAUCACUGAUGGAAAACAUGAAACUUUAGCGUCUGAAUUAAAACCUGUACAACAGGAUCCAAUGGCUCAUUCUCCUCCUGUACCUGGGAAGGAAGAGGAUGAGGGUGUUCCCUCUUCUCCGCUUUUUGAGGAUUUAUCAGAUGACGAUGGUUUUGACGAGGAGGGAGGGGCCUCAAACGGAGGGGGCGUGGUUAAGUCAUUGCGUAAUCUUGCCGAGGAAUCUUACGCUAGCGAUUGUCCAAAAGAGACUCGAGUUAAAGAAGAGACUGAAGAAUUGUUUGAUGAUAAAAAAGAGGAAAGGAGCCCAUCUCUCACUCCUAUUCCUUCUCCCUCCCCUCCUCCUACUCCUCCUGCCGAUCAAUCAAACACCCUCCCUACCUCCCCUACCACACAAGACAUUACCGUGACAACACCCCCGGGAGACAAAAGGGAAGAAGAAAUGGAUAUAUCCUUGACCCCGCCCUUAGAAGAAGAAGUACCACCCCCACCAACUGAGGACUCUAUGGAUAUUGAAUUUGCUAAGCAGCAGGUGCAGGUGCAGCCUGAGGAGAGAGAGACUGUUCUUGAAGAACAAGCGAUCGAGAAAGAGGAGAGGGGGGAGGAAAGGCCCAGCGAGAGUCUUUUAAAACCUCCUGCCCCCUCAAAGCGUAAAAUGUCACUUUUAGAGUAUCGUAAUCGGAGCAAGAAGCCUGCUGAACAGACUAAAAGGGUUUCUUACGAGAAACCGAGUCCUUUGUCAUCUUUUACUAGCAUGGCUAGCUCUUCUCACUCCUCCAUUAGUGUGGGAUCUGUCAGUUCUCCUUGUGGAAGAUCUUUAUUGUCAUUUAGCAGUAGUUUUCUGAGUGGCCCCACAGCACAGAGACAAGGAUCAUCAACCAUAGGCUCUCCUCAGCCACCACCAGCUAUCUCUCGUAUAGCUACUACUCCUCCUCCUCCUCCUUUCCUCCCUCCUCUCUCUGAUUCGUCUCAUUUUGAACCUGUCAGUUCACCUGAUGAGCCAGAACCAACAAAUAAAGAUGACAAUAUGGGCUCAUCUAGAAUGGCUAGUGUCUCCAAUAUUUCUAUUCUCUCUCCCACUGUCUCUUCCUCUUCAUCCAUUCUUUCUCCUUUAGGAGGCUCCCCUUACCCUCCCUCUCAUCACCCUCUCCCUCCCCUCCCUCCUCUCCCUCCCCCUUCUUCUCUUCAGCAGUUUGUCCGGAGCCCUCGCCCACCAAUUUCCGGUAGUGUGUCUCCUGCAGGACCUACUGGCCCCCACCAUCAUUCACUUGACGUUGGACAAGACCCCAGAAGAAUGUCUCAAUCACUACUUCAUUCUUCACCUCAAGAGAUCCUCUGCUACCCUCCUCCUCCUCCCCCUCCCUCUCUCCCUCCUCCUCCGUUUUUCCCUCCUCCGAUUUCUUCUCAUCCCCACCAGAUUAUUAUGACACACCCUCCUCCUCCCCCCACGGGUGGAGGGGGUUUUUUGGCACGACCCCCUAUCCUCCUUCCUCCUCAGAAUCAUACGCCUCGUCAUACAACUAACAAUAAUAAUUAUUUCUGAUCUCUCUCUCUCCCUCCCUCUCCCUCUCUCUCUCUUUUCUGUGAAUAAUAGCUCAUGAUAUUGUUUGGUUUUGGGUCUUGAACUGACCCGGAGUGAUAAGUCUUUUUUGUAAAGGUUUUUCAGCUAAGUUA